UCCGCUACGGUUGCGACGGACGAUGAUUCCCACUCCAUUUUGUUGCGGUGCAGAAUCCCACCCGCCGGCAAAAACCCUCUUCUCCUUCUUCUCUCCGCCGCCGCCGCCAUGGCCGCCGCCGUCGCACGCUCCCGCGCCGCCGCGGCGUGGGUCCGCCUCCUUUCCUUGCGUCCGCAUAGCCUCGCGGGUUCCACCGCACUCCCACGCCACGGCCAUCACCUAGGCUCGCGGAUCACGCCGCCGCGCCGCCACCUGGCAUUCUCCGCCUCAUCCGGGGACGCCAGGCCCCACCAGAAGUUCCAGAGCGAGUGGGUCGUGCACGAGCUGCUCGCUGAGGUCGAGCGCGAGCGCCAGCGGGAGCGACAGGACCGCCGCGCAAAGGACGGCAAAGACCAGGAGGAAGAGCCGGAGGAAGACGAAGAGGACUACAUGGGCGUCAAGCCGCUCAUUGAGAAGCUCGAGCGACGCAAGACCAAGGAUAUGGCCGCCGGCGAAGGCUUCUGGGAGCCCACCGACUCCGACAGCGACGAGGACGACGAGCGCUACACGCCCGAUGCCAUCAAGCAGCGCGUCGACGAGUUCGAGCGCAAGUGCAAGCGCCAUGAGGAGUUCCUGCAAUCAUUCGCAGAGGCCGACACCCUAGACGAGGCUCACAAAUGGAUGACCAAAAUCAACAACUUUGAGGAGCGCCAUCUCAAGCUGCCACUGGAGUACAGGGUCAUCGGCGACAUGAUGAACCGUCUCAAGGAUGCCACGGGGAAAGAGCGCUUCGUUCUCCUUCAGAAGCUCAACCGAGCCGUCAGGAUCAUGGAAAUCAAGGAAGCCUACGACCCCAGUAACCCUGCAAACUUUGGGAUCAUCCAGCACCAGCAGGUUGGUUCUCCUGAGGAUGUCGUGCUCAAUGCCGGCUUUGAUAAGGAGAAGCAGAUGAUCCAAGGGGCAGAACUUGAGGAUGUCGACGAGGAAUUCAAUGAUGUGAAGGAGAGGGAUGAUAUUCUCAUAGAUAAACUCGAUGCUAUUGAAAAGAAGAUUGAGGGGAAGCUAGAACUGUUGGAUCAUACCUUCGGUAAGAAAGGCAGAGCUUUGGAGGAGGAAAUCAAGGAUUUGGUGGAGGAACGCAAUUCCCUGUCCGAGAAGAGCAGGAGACCUAUGUACAGAAAAGGUUUUGAUGUGAAAGUUAUCGAUGUUAACAGGACAUGCAAAGUCACAAAGGGAGGCCAAAUAGCAAAAUUCACAGCGCUAUUGGCCACUGGAAAUUACAAUGGUGUUGUUGGCUUCGCUAAGGCUAAAGGCCCAACAGCCAAGAUUGCAAUACAGAGAGCGUAUGAGAAAUGCUUCCAGAAUCUCCACUACAUGGAGCGAUACGAGGAUCACACAAUCGCUCAUGCUAUCCAGGCCAAAUAUGAGAAAACAAAGAUAUAUCUCUGGCCUGGGCCAAUGAGGAGUGGAAUGUCUGCUGCUGGUAGGACUGUUGAGACUGUGCUGUACUUGGCUGGUUUCAGCAAUGUCAAGACAAAGAUUAUCGGAUCAAGGAACCCACUUAAUGUGAUUAAAGCUCUCUUCAUAGCUUUGAAUGCUAUUGAAACCCCGAAGGAUGUCCAACAGAAGUUUGGGCGUACUGUCGUCGAGUCAUAUUUAUUGUGAUCAUCAUGAUUGUUUGGAGGACACAGAGGCGAGCGGAGCCUGUAUAGGUUUUGCCAUGAGAAGACCAAAGAGGCAAAUGCCAGGUCCAACCAACGUGAGCCCUCUUUGUUUUGGACUUUUGGUGGUGAUGUUGACCAGACCAUUGAUGUUGAAGUGGCAAGAAUGUCAGUGUCAACAGUAAUCGGAUAAAUAGAUGGUAUUUCCCUGACCCUUUGUUUGUAGAACUUGAAUGAACCUGGGGACAGAAACACAUUUGAGGGUUCUUGUAUAAAUCAAGGUCAAGAUCAGAAUUGCCUCGUCGUGCCUUUGUUUUGUUACCAUAGCUUCUUCUCCCUACAUACUGUUGUUUGGAUGAUAAAUUUAAUUGAAUAUUAAUUUCUCCUGAA